CACCAAGCAGACGACGGCAUCUAGCUUUUGGGAAAUCGCAUUUGCUGCCACCCAUAACCGACGGAACCCAGAUCUGGAUCAAGUCCGACAUUCUAUGGUCACAGAGUCGAACUCAUCUCCGUCAGAAAGAAAGCAAAAAACUAGAGACAAUCUCAAAAUGGCUGCAGUUGCGAAGCCCGUCCAGGCAUGGGCCGACGACGACGACAUCGAUGACGGAACCACCGAGAGGUUGCCCGACCCCCAGACCAUCGUCAACAAGGACGGCACCAAGACCAUCAUCAGCUGGCGCUUCAACGACCAGGGCCAAAAGGUCAAGACGACGCGCCGGGUGCGGCUGACGACGCACCGCGAGGUGGUGAACCCGCGCGUGGCCGAGCGCAAGAAGUGGGAGAAGUUUGGCCUGUCGGCCAAGGACGGCCCUGGCCCGGCAUCGGACACAACCUCGGUCGGCGAGAACAUCAUCUUCCGCCCCUCGGCCAACUGGCGCAAGGACCAAAAGGACGAGAGCAAGGACGCCAACGCCAACGCUAUGAAGGACAAGCUCAAGGACAAGAAGGUCAAGUGCAGAAUCUGCAACGGAGAGCAUUUCACCGCCCGCUGUCCCUACAAGGACACCAUGGCCCCCAUUGGCGAGGCUGCCCCCGCGGGCGGCGUCGGUGGCGGCGGCGACGACGAGGGUGGCAUCCUGUCCGCGCCCGGUGCGGCCGGCGGCGCCGGUGCCAAGAAGGGCUCGUACGUGCCCCCGGCCCUGCGUGGAGACCGCAAGGAGGGCGAGAAGAUGGGAGGCGGCGCCGGCGGCAAGUACGGCGAGCGCGAUGACCUCGCCACGCUGCGUGUCACCAACGUCUCGGAGAUGGCAGAGGAGCAAGAGCUGCGGGAUAUGUUUGAGCGCUUCGGUCGUGUCACCAGGGUGUUCUUGGCUAAGGACCGGGAUACGGGUCUGGCCAAGGGUUUCGCCUUUAUCAGUUUUGCAGACAGAGAAGAUGCCGUCAAGGCUUGCAACAAGAUGGACGGCUGGGGUUUUAAGCAUCUCAUUCUCAGAGUCGAGUUCGCCAAGAAGGCAACCUGAGAGUUGGGUGUUUGACUUUGCGUUUCGUUUAUGGAAUGGGGCUUUUUUGGUAUCGUGGCUUUCCAUUAUGUUACGGCAUGACCUCUUUUAGUCUCCGAAUGUUAUGAUGCUCUGGAGUGAGGGGGGCUAUAGGAGGCGGCAAAAAAAUGGAUUUGUCUUGAAUUUAUGAAAUGGUGCAUUUUUCUCGGUACUUUGUGAUGGGAGGAGCUUGCUCACAGGCUGGUAUCUAGGGUGGUUGAUCUAUCACACCAAACAAAAGUACGAAAUGAAGGCAAAUUGCUGUUCUAUAUCACACACGCCCACGCGCAUACAGAGAAAGUUAAAGCAUCUCAGCUCAUGGCCUUUCACCCAUGUGACUAGUCGCCGAGUCUACAGGAUAAGAUGAUCAAUAUUCCACCGCAUGCACAUCGGUCGUAGUAUGCUGCUCUUGCCGGC